CUGACCACUCAUUAUCGAACUUGUAUACCCGUAAUCUUUGUCCCGAACAACUUAAACUUAGUGGCCUGGUCAGCUAUUAGUCUUGUCGCCAGUGUCGCCACCUAUUCGAAACCUUUGACGAACAACAAACGAAGACAAGCGUGUUGUAAAAAUCCGUGCAGCAUCGAUCUCGAACUGCACUGCUUACAGUGUCUCACGCCACAAAUAAAGGACCAAGUUAAAUCAGAACUCUACCACCGAACAACUUUCUGAUCAUUCCCAAUAAUAUUGUUUCCCUAUUCGAACUCUUUGGGUUUAGACAUUUGAUUCGGUUGCAAACCUUUCACGCUUAUCUCGUACCCACAAUCGAACCAUCGAGCAAGCUUACGGCCUAAUCGAAGCAUGGCUGACGAAGACGUUGUCGACCCGCCCGUCCUAUUCGGCAUGCGAACAAAUGCCAAGCGUAGACACACGAACCUUCUGCGGCAAGCAAGAGAGUUGAUGAACAUCAACGCCACGCGGGAAGAAUUCGAAGCCUUCAUGCCAACUCUCGAACUGGCGCACGCUAAUCUCGUUCACAUCCACGAACGAUACGUGGCCGCCGCACAACUUGACGAUGGUGAACAGCACGCAGCAGCCACCUACUUAGAAGGGAUCAACAAUCUGCAAACCGCGUGUGUUCAAGCAGUCGCUGCCGCCUUACGAAGAACAGCCCCUCGUCGCGCGUGGAACAUUUCCGACACCGUGGUCCGUGAACCCAACCAGAAUGUGCCAAUUCCUCAACCUGAGCAUCAGCAACUAAACGCUGUGAACAACGUCGAACAAGAACCGCAACAGCCAAACAACCCGCCACAGCCGGGCCAAGACGAUCAAUCGAACGACACGCAGCACGACAAUUUAAGUCCCGUAGAUUUCGACUUUCACUCAGCAGCUAAGAAACGCAAGAUCGAUCUUGAAUUUCGGUUGAAGCAAGCAAAAAUUAAACAAGAUCGUGAACUCAAAGAUCUAGAGCUCAAGAACGCGCGCGAACGAGAAGACCUGGAGCUUGAAAUUCAGUACGAAAAUCACUUGAUCGAGAGCUGUGGUGGUGCAAUUGGAUCACCGCAAUUUGCGUCCACGCCCAGACGUGGCAAAGUUCAAUGGAGACCCCCGUACAUGGCUGAAAUACGCCCACGGAAUAAAAGCAACGAUCCGAGACGUUAA